GGGCGGAGGGAGGAGGGGGAGCUCAGGGAAGGCGGGCCCUCGGCUGCGGGCUAGGUGGGGGGAGGGGAGGGGAGAGCCCGAGCGCUGGAGUUGGUGCUGGGAAACCCGGGGCUAAUGUUGACAACAGGCUCGAGAGUUUAUUUCCAGUUAACUGUAUGGAGCCUGUACUGUAGAGCAGUGCUGUCCAGUAGAACUUCCUACGAUUUUCCUGGGUAACAUAAUGCCAGCUGAGCGUAAAAAGCCAGCAAGUAUGGAAGAAAAAGAAUCUUUACUAAACAACAAGGAAAAAGACUGCAGUGAAAGGCGGCCAGUGAGCAGCAGAGAGAAACCAAAAGACGAGAUCAAACUUACCACCAAGAAGGAGGUUAUUAAGGUCCCUGAAGAUAAGAAGAAGAAACUGGAAGAAGAUAAGAGAAAAAAAGAUGACAAGGAACGAAAGAAAAAAGAAGAAGAAAAGGUGAAGGCAGAGGAGGAAUUAAAGAAAAAAGAGGAAGAAGAGAAAAAGAAACACGAGGAAGAAGAGAGAAAGAAGCAAGAAGAGCAGGUGAAACGUCAGCAGGAAGAGGAGGCUGCCCAGUUGAAAGAGAAAGAAGAAUCCGUUCAGCUUCAUCAGGAAGCUUGGGAACGCCAUCAGUUAAGGAAGGAAUUUCGUAGCAAAAACCAAAAUGCUCCAGAUAACCGGCCAGAGGAAAAUUUCUUUAGCCGACUAGACUCAAGUUUGAAGAAAAAUACCGCUUUUGUCAAGAAGUUAAAAACUAUUACGGAACAACAGAGAGACUCCUUGUCCCAUGAUUUUAAUGGCCUAAAUUUAAGCAAAUACAUUGCAGAGGCUGUAGCUUCUAUUGUGGAAGCGAAGCUGAAAAUCUCUGAUGUGAAUUGUGCUGUGCACUUAUGCUCUCUCUUUCACCAGCGCUACGCCGACUUCGCCCCAUCACUUCUUCAGGUUUGGAAAAAACAUUUUGAAGCAAGGAAAGAAGAGAAAACACCUAACAUUACCAAGUUAAGAACCGAUUUGCGUUUCAUUGCAGAGUUGACAAUAGUUGGGAUUUUCACUGACAAGGAAGGUCUUUCCUUAAUCUAUGAACAGCUAAAAAAUAUUAUUAACGCUGACCGGGAAUCCCAUACUCAUGUUUCUGUGGUGAUUAGUUUUUGUCGACAUUGUGGAGAUGAUAUUGCUGGACUUGUACCAAGGAAAGUAAAGAGUGCCGCAGAGAAGUUUAAUUUGAGUUUUCCUCCUAGUGAGAUCAUUAGUCCAGAGAAACAGCAACCUUUCCAGAAUCUUUUAAAAGAAUACUUUACGUCUUUGACCAAACACCUGAAAAGGGACCACAGGGAGCUACAGAAUACUGAGAGACAAAACAGGCGUAUUCUACAUUCUAAAGGGGAGCUAAGUGAAGAUAGACAUAAACAGUAUGAGGAAUUUGCUAUGUCUUAUCAGAAGCUGCUGGCAAAUUCUCAAUCCUUAGCUGACCUUUUGGAUGAAAAUAUGCCAGAUCUUCCUCAGGACAAACCAACACCAGAAGAGCAUGGGCCUGGAAUUGAUAUAUUUACACCGGGUAAACCUGGAGAUUAUGACUUGGAAGGUGGUAUAUGGGAAGAUGAAGAUGCUCGGAAUUUUUAUGAAAACCUCAUUGAUUUGAAAGCUUUUGUUCCAGCCAUCUUGUUUAAAGAUAAUGAAAAAAGUUGUCAGAAUAAAGAUUCCAACAAGGAUGAUUCUAAAGAAGCAAAAGAACCUAAGGAUAAUAAGGAGGUACCGAAUCCUGAUGACCUGGAACUCGAGUUGGAGAACCUAGAGAUUAAUGAUGAUGCUUUGGAGUUAGAGGGUGGAGAUGAAGCUGAAGAUCUUACAAAGAAACUUCUUGAUGAGCAAGAACAAGAGGAUGAAGAAGCCAGCACUGGAUCUCAUCUCAAGCUCAUAGUAGAUGCUUUCCUCCAGCAGUUGCCCAACUGUGUCAACCGUGAUCUGAUAGACAAGGUAUGAUUGUCUCUAUGUAACUUUACUCAAGCACAUACACCUUCGCUGAUCUUGCACCUUUCCAGUGGCACCUGCCUGGCCUUCAUUCGUUCCUGUAGUGGCUCCCCCGCGCCCGCUGCUGCCCUCCCCACCCAAAGGAUUUUCCGGUCCAAAAUGUCAGUGGUGCUGAGGCUGGGAAACCUGAAGUGGGAACAAAUGAUGAGAAAGAAACAAGCCAUGCACCUCGAUGCGAGGUACGUCACAAUGGUCGAGAACGCCUAUUACUACUGCAACCCACCCCCAGCUGAAAAAACAGUGAAAAAGAAGCGUCCUCCUCUCCAGGAAUAUGUCCGGAAACUUCUGUACAAGGAUCUCUCCAAGGUUACCACCGAGAAGGUUUUGAGACAGAUGCGAAAGUUGCCCUGGCAGGACCAAGAAGUAAAAGACUAUGUCAUUUGCUGCAUGAUAAACAUCUGGAACGAAUACAACAGCAUUCAUUGUGUGGCCAACCUCCUAGCAGGGCUCGUGCUCUACCAGGAGGAUGUUGGAAUCCAUGUCGUAGAUGGAGUUUUAGAAGACAUCCGAUUGGGAAUGGAGGUUAACCAACCUAAAUUUAAUCAGAGACGUAUCAGCAGUGCCAAAUUCUUAGGAGAGCUGUAUAAUUACCGAAUGGUGGAAUCGGCUGUGAUUUUUAGAACGCUUUAUUCUUUUACUUCGUUUGGUGUUAACUCUGACGGGAGCCCAAGUUCCCUGGACCCUCCCGAGCACCUUUUCAGGAUUAGACUAGUGUGCACUGUUUUGGAUACCUGCGGCCAGUACUUCGACAGAGGUUCCAGUAAAAGAAAACUCGAUUGCUUCCUUGUGUAUUUUCAGCGUUAUGUUUGGUGGAAGAAAAGUUUGGAGGUUUGGACGAAAGAUCAUCCAUUUCCUGUUGACAUAGAUUACACGAUCAGUGACAGCCUAGAACUGCUAAGACCGAAGAUCAAACUGUGUAAUUCUCUGGAAGAAUCCAUCAGGCAGGUACACGCCUUGGAGCGAGAGUUCUUAAUAAAACUGGGCCUAGUAAAUGACAAAGACUCAAAAGACUCUAUGACAGAAGGAGAAAAUCUUGAAGAGGAUGAAGAAGAAGAAGAAGGAGGAGCUGAAACAGAAGAACAAUCUGGAAAUGAAAGUGAAGUCAAUGAACCAGAAGAAGAGGAGGGUUCUGUUUUUUAACACCUGUUGAGUUUUUCAGAAAUGAUGUACAAACCUGUCUGAUUCGGUGUAAGAUGCUAGGUUGAGCCUGUCCGUAAUACCUUUUAUUAUUGCUGCUAAGAUGCAGACGCUGGCUCAGUUAAGAAAGGGGCCAUGGACAUUUUCGUUUCCUCCUUUUACAUUUUCUUAGAGGAGCUUUAAAUAUAUACCAUUGUGUUCUUGGUAACGUCUGUUCUCUCUUCUUGUCUCGUUAUUAGAAUAUUUCUAUCUUGACGUUUUUCCAUCAACUGCACCUGUCUUAGUGCAGCCUUCCAUCCCUGAACAGCAUUGUCCCUAAUCCCUUCUCCUCUCCGUUCAGAUACUGCAACUGUAGCAUCUUUUACUAAUUUUUCAAUGUUUGGGUGACUUUACAGAAUCAGUAAAUAUGACAUUUGCUGCAUAAAUACUAUUUGCAGUAGGAUUCACUCCCUGCAGCUUACAUUCAUCCAGCACCUUCCAUGGGUUCAGUCCUACACUAUGGAAAAUUCAAAAGUAAGAGUCUUCACUCUCAAGCUUAUAGUGCAGUAGGCAACUGAGUCCAGCUACUUGAAAGAGCUAGUUCUGCCCUAGUCUAAGUAGCCAGCGUUUCUUAGGCAGCAGGGAGCAGAAAUACAGGGAAACGUGUAAGCUUACAUGUGUGGUAAUAAUAGAUGUGUCUGUGAACACGGAGGCAUGCCUUUUUUAGUUUGCUACCAGUUACUCAGUUGUCUUUCAGAAUUCUUUGUUAACUUUCUGUUUUGCUUCCACAC